AUGUCUGGUGACAUGCCAUCUGAGUCGCUGGAGAGCAACUCUGAACAUGCUUAUUUCAUGAAGCAGGCGUUAUUGAUGGGAGAAAAAGCCCUUGAGACCGGUGAAACCCCGGUUGGCUGUGUUCUGGUGUAUGACAAAAAGAUUGUUGGUUUUGGGAUGAAUGAUACAAACAAAUCCAUGAAUGUAGUCCCCUUCAAAGCAGAUCAGACAGUGUUUGUGAAAUCUGAACCUAUAGCCGGUCUUCUCAGGGUACAAGACAUGCCGAGUUUAUUGCCAUCGAAGAAAUGCUUGAGACUUAUCCUAGGUCAGCGUUGCGUUCGACAGACCUCUAUGUUCGGAGGAACAGGUAGCAUUUUAUCACUACAUGCCGAGUUCGUUCUUGCCUUCCCUUGGACAUACACCCCUGACGCAAAACUAAUUUAUGCUAGUCGCUCAAUAGAUCCAUCAUACCCUGUGCAAGGCGGGUUGUUCCACAAGGAAGCUAUCAUGUUACUCCGGCGCUUCUACAUACAAGAAAAUGAGAAGGGUAGGAAGUCCUCGUUGCAUCCCCUACACCCUGAGCAGGGACAAUUGGUCCUUGGUCGAACGGCCACACAAUCAAGGAAGCUGAAGGCCGCUAAACACCUUCGAUCUCGUGUUGAGGCGAUUGAAGUGAAGUCUAGUGGCGGUGAAUUGAAGAACAUGUUCCAUCUAAAUUUUGCGUUGCUUCAGGAACUAAAUGUACAAUAUCGCGCAAGAGCCAAUGAAACGUCAACGAGGCGAUCCUUUUACCACCACUGA